AUGGCGGAGGAGGCCUACGUCUAUCGCAUCCCACCAGCGACGACUGUCGGCCAUCGGGCCGAGACGUGGAAUGUGAAUUCCUGGUUGCAAGAGGUCCGGGCAGUGGAGCCCGUCAUUGACAGUUCACGUUAUUUUGUGCUCAAGAUCGUCGACAGGGACUCUGGUCGACAUGCGUUCAUUGGGCUUGGGUUCAGGGAGCGAGAGAAGGCUUCGGACUUCAACGCCACCCUGCAUGAGCACAUGCAGUAUGUGAGGAGGAAACACACGGCUGCCGGUUUGCGGACUCAGUACGAGGAACAGCUGGCUGCCAAUCUGGCCAUGGCAGCUCCAGACUCCCUGCCUCAGGCAACGGAUUUCAGCAUCCCAGAAGGCCAGAACUUGGUCCUCAAAGUCCCAGCGGCACACCUGAAUGGGGGAUGCAGCACUCCCAAGAGCGGGUUCAUUUCUUCCAACCGAGGUCGGCUGAGCAAGACCUUCUCCCUGCUCAUGGAUGGCGAGGGCAAUGUGAUUGCAGGCAUGUCGCCACGGACCACAGUGGACGAAAUGGGCCUCUCUCCCUCCUCCUCCACAUCCUCUGCACUGCCUGAUGGGGAGGGCAGCAUUUUCCUGGGAUUGCCCCGCCUCAGUGGGGCCGCUCCAGUGCACAGGGAUGAGUGGGGGGACUUUGUAGCAUGA